UUUACCUUCAUUCAAUCGUUUACACCAACGUGUCAGUGUCGCUGUACCUACUACCAACCAACCGCAAUGUCUGAAGUUGCCGCCGAAGCCGCUGCCGCAGCUCCUGCUGCCUCGCCAGCCAAGGCCAAGAAGCCAAGGGCCCCUAAGGGACAGGGCAAGCCGAAGAAGCCAUCGACCCAUCCUCCAGUGAACGAUAUGGUUGUUGCUGCUAUCAAAACCCUGAAGGAGCGCAACGGAUCGUCCCUGCAGGCCAUCAAGAAGUACAUCGCUGCCAACUACAAGUGCGAUGUCGCCAAGCUGGCCCCAUUCCUCAAGAAGGCCUUGAAGAACGGUGUCGAGAAGGGCAAGUUUGUCCAAACCAAAGGAACUGGCGCAUCCGGAUCGUUCAAGCUGAAGGCUGAGGCCAAGAAGGCCGCCGGCGAGAAAAAGCCCAAGAAGGCCGGUGAGAAGAAAGCCAAGAAGGCUACCGGUGAGAAGAAGAAGGCUGCCAAGAAACCAGCUGGGGAAAAGAAAGCCAAGAAGCCAGCCGGCGAGAAGAAAGCCAAGAAACCAGCUGCAGCGAAAAAAGCCAAAGCUGCCGGUGCAAAGGCCGCCAAAAAGGCCGGAGGUGUGAAGAAGGCCGCUGCCCCGAAACAAAAGGCCACCAAGCCAUCCAAGACCGCCGCAAAGAAGCCAAAGACCCCGAAACCGAAGAAGGCCGCCCCCGCCAAGAAAGCUGCCGCGAAGAAAACCGCCGCCAAGAAGUAAUCUGGCGAUUUUCGGAACCAUCAGUCGUCAUACUGCGAAACAGUAUCCCACUUUCAAAUCAGUCCUUUUCAGGACUACCAUCUUAGAUCUUACCAAAGAGUUAAAAGUUGAAAUGGUUUCCUAUCAUCCAAUGCCAGGUCAUACGUUUCCUAGAAUACUGCUAGGUGCAAUUCUCAAAUAGGCCGGUCAGCUCGGCAUGAUUGAGUGUUGCCUUUUCGCUGCCGCCGAGCUUCCAGAGUGAAACUCUCGAAUCUUUGCACCGUGUUGGUGUAGUUAAGGUUAAUUGAAAAUGACUGCAACUUCCCUGCAGAUUGAUUGGUUGGUGAAAUUCCUGUUACUACCCGGUUGACAUAGAGCAAGUCACCUGGAAGGCUGCACUUGAAAUGAUGAAAUUCACAAACACCAAUCGUGAGAAGCACUAAUUGUCACGAUACAGCCAUUUCUGUCUUCGCGCUUCGAUAUAACGUGCAUUUUACCCUCGAUAUACGUACACCAAAAUUUGUCUCAAUGUGCACUUAUUCUGGGUAGCAUGGCUAAAGCUGCAAUCGCAUUUGGGGUGAUUUUAUCGUUUAUCUGGAGAUCAUUACUGGGAAAGUUAGAACUUUUCAUCGAAGCAAAAUGUACGUUAUAAACAGAAUUUCCCGACUGGAAAAGGAAUUGAAUCCGCCGUCUCCGGGUUGGCGAUCGAAAACCCUAUCCCCUAGGCUAACCGGAGACCCCAAUCUCACUUUCGAUCGCCAACCAGUUCCCCACUCAUCGGACAGAACUGCAAUUCUGACCGAGGAUUUCAAACGUUUAACCCAGUGUGCCUACUGACAGCCCUCUGAAAAUCUUAGAUCUACACGCCCUUGGUACAAUGAAAGCACAGGAUGCACAAGUUCUUCGCAGUUUUACACAUACCUCAAUAGUGAACGGCUUGCUGAUCCCAGUUUAGGGCACUGCCGGCCGGGUGGGUUAAACAGGCGACAACACUCCGCGACACACGCGAUUCAACACCCGGGCACAAGAACAAAACAAACUAUUUACAAUGGACACAUUCACGCUGUGUGCAUGACCACUGUACUUCCGGCGGCAGUCUUCCGCUAUAGGUUCAAAUUUUGAACGAUGAAUCAAACUGGCACUCCCGCAACGGAGACGCGACACUCAGCUAGACGGACACCGAACUGAACUGACUA